UAUUAAAGAGCAACGAUCGCUCGGAUUGAGAAGACAGACAGACAGACACAGACAACUCGAGCACUCUCACCACCGCCUUCACCACCUUCUCAAUCAUCUUCUUUGCGCUCUGGUAGCCAUCUCUUUCUUCGUCCCGGCGACAUCAUUUCACUCUACUUAAUUCUUUUACGAUAUCCCAACUUUCCACAAACAUCAAGAUGCAGUACGCUAUCACUCUCCUCGGCCUCAUUGCAGGCGCCUCUGCCCACUGCGUCAUCACCUCGAUCGAGGGCGCCAACGGAGUCACCAUGCCUGGACUCAGCAUCGCCGACGGCACGCCUCGUGACUGCUCGUCCAACGGCUGCGGUUCCCAGGCGGACACAUCCAUCAUCCGCGACAGCGAGAUUGCCAGCGGCGAAGUCGGCCCUCUGGGACGCACCCAGGGCAAUGGACCUGUCGACCCCAACACGAUGAUUGCCGCCUUUAUGAAUGGCGCUUCGGCCCCGACCAACAACGGUGCCGCCGACUCCACAGGCGUCGAGGACGACAUCUCGGGCCUCCGUGGCGCGAGCCGUGGGCGCGGUCAGAAGAACCGCCGCCAGUUCCUCGGUCGCCUCUUUGGCGGUGGCGGCGGCGGCUCCAACGCCAACGGCCAGAAGAAUGAGUUCUCCGUCGAGAGCAGCGUCGCUGCCACGGCUGGCGACGGUGCCACGAGCGGUAUGCCUACGUGCUCAGACAGUGGCGAGAUCAGCGUCACCAUGCGCCAGAUCAACCAGGACGGCGCUGGACCCAUGGAGGCCAUGGUUGACGGCACCUCGGGCGGGACCGACAUGAACGCCUUCCAGAGGGCCCAGGUCACCCAGGACGUGCCCGGCUUCGUGGCCGGUCUCUCGCUGACCACGACCACCGACUUCCCCAUGAAGAUCCAGAUGCCCGCCGGCAUGACCUGCGACGGCUCGGCCGGAGGUGUGGACAAUGUCUGCAUCGUGCGCGUGCGCAACUCUACGCCUGCCGGUCCCUUUGGUGGCUCCGCCGCCUUCACCAUGCCCGCUGCCGCACGCAAGAGGGCGAUCGCCUACAGGCUGAAGAAGCGCAUGGAAAUCGGCCGCGAGGAGUAAGGGCGCCAAGUUUGGUGUCCGAGUUGAUUGGUGGGAGAGUAUGGUUGGGAAUGAAGAGGUCUGUCGACACUCAGGAGAAGGGGGUUGGUUGCGGAGGGGGAAGAGGGUAUUGGUUGGAUGCUUAUGAGCUCGAUUACGAUCGCUUUUCACGACUAUGAGACAGUUAUAUGACUUUAAAAUAG